AUGGUGUCAACCUGGGCGUUCACCGUGCUAAGCAUCGGCCUUUUCUACACUGGCUGCGAGGCAUCCCGUCUAAUACGGCCCAUUUCGGCGCGGCAGAGCAAUUCAACCUCCGGCAGCAACAGCACCAGCAGCGGCGGCGACUUGCCGGACUAUCUGAGUCCACCAAAUGCCACUGGGUCAUAUGCCAUAACCGGCUUCGACCUCUCGCAACCAUACGAUGCUGCGAAGAGCAACGAAAAAGGCUGGAGUCUAGAUAUCGCAGUAGCCACAAACAGGGUCGUAGACGAUGUCACAAACAACGAGACAAGAGGCAAUCCUACAUACUUGUCUUUGAAGUCGCCGGAGAACGCAUUCGAGAGUGCCGACUUUGACUCUGGCUGGACCAUCUGCGGCAACUUCUGGGACAUUGACGACAAUGACCUGCAGGCGUCGUUUCUGGAGGACAAUGGGACGUGCACGAGCGUCUUGUCCGACGAGUGCAUCGCCGACAUUGAGCAGAAGGCUGUCAACUUCACCAAUGACGGGACGUGCCCGAGUCAUAUUGAGAUUGACACGAAGAAGUGCCCCGAUUUCGGCAUCUCUAACGCAGUUUCCCGAUUCACAGGGUCAGUCGCUGGAGAUCUAGAGGACUCGCUGAAUAACCAGACGAGUGCAGCCGGCUCAGUCAUGCUGUACAGCGUUCUCUUCCCGUACAGUCAUCCGGCCAACACCACGGAGACCAGCGCGGUAUACGACGAGGUCAUGCAGAAGACAUGGCCGUCGGUAGUGACCUUCUAUUACGACGACGGAAAUGGCGUCAAGGCGUUCCCAACCGUCCGAUGUCUGCGAGCAAAGGAUUUGGCAGCUGGCAGUCAGCAACCGACGCCUUUGGAAGGUGCUGCAGCGGUUCCAGGUGUCUCUGCUGCACUGGUCAUGGCAGCAGGUGUUGCGGCUGUAUUUAUCGUCUGGAUGUAA